AUGAAGCCCACCCUCCUCACCACCCUCGCCGCCACGGCCACGGCCACCGAGAUCCUCCUCCCCCUCUACCAAUUCCCCGCCUCCAACGGCGGCGUCUGGGCGCCCAUCGAACGGGCCCUCACCGCCAACCCCUCGCUCACCGCCAAGAUCAUCAUCAACCCCAACAACGGGCCGGGCGGUCCCAACCAAGGCAUCGACGACCCGCAAUACGAAGCGGGCACCAAAUCCCUCGCCGCCCACGCCAACGCGCAACUCCUCGGCUACGUGCACACGUCGACCGACCUCGGCGCCACCCGCUGCAACGUGCCCUGGGCGGACAUCACGGCGGACAUCCGCAAGUGGGCGACGUGGGUGGAUCGCGGGGUGGCGAUUCGGGGGAUUUUUAUCGACGAGGCGCCGAAUAGCAGUGCGAAUGAUUGCGUGGCGUAUAUGCGCAACCUGACAGAGCUGAUUCGCACGGAUGAGGAGCUGGUGGCAAGGUUUGGGCCGCGGCCGGUGGUGGUGUAUAACCCCGGGGGGACGGGCGCGUUGCAGCCAUUUUAUGACCUGGGUCCGGAUCUGAUUGUGGCGUUGGAGACGUGCUUUACGGUGCCGGAGCUGGCGGGCGAGGAUUAUGAUCAGUGUCCGAAGGCGGGGGGCUACGAGAGGUAUGAUCAUGAUGGGGUGGGUAGCUCGAUUGAUAAUGUGCUGUUUCCGAGUGUGGGGGCGGCGAACGCGGCUCAAACGGCGGUGCUGGUCCAUGGGUUUCAUGAUUUCAAUGGGCCGUCGGCGAAUUUGAGUGCUACGGCGGCCGUGCUGGAGCAGUUGGUUGGGGCGGUGGUGCAGAGGGGCAUUGGGGCGACGUUUUUCAACACGAGGGGGUAUCAUGCGUUUGAGGAUGAGCCGGCGACGUUUGAGGCUUUCGCGGGGGUGUUGAAUGCGGCGAAUGCAGCAUAG